UGAUUAUCUAUGUAAUUUUGUCUGUUUUUUUUAUACUUUAACUGACAAAUUCUAUAUAAAUAAUUUAGUAGAAUUUAACCUUUAUUUCUUCUCAUUGCAUAUAAAUUUUAGUUCUCAGCAAUUAUUACAUUAAAUACAACUGUUAACUAGAUCUUAAAGUUUCUGGUCGGCAACAUCAAAUAUUAUUUGAAACAGUCUUAGAAAAGUUAAUUAAGUUCCAUCUUACUCCGCCUUCUCCAUGUAACUAGCAUGCUGCCUCCCAGUUACAUUGUACAUAAUGCUCGAUUGUACAAUGCAGAGAUUUUGCGACAGCAAAAGUGGGAGUGGCACCUAAAAAUGUCGGGACAGAUUGCAGUAGCAGACGGCACAUGUUCUGUUCGGAAGACAAAUUGGUGAGAAUUGAUUGCCCAGAGUAUUAAAAUAUAUAGACCGCAAAAGAUUAUCUCCGGAGAUUAGCUCUUGGGAUUAUCGCGGUUGUGUACGAUAGUAAACAAAACAAAUAAUUACAACAAUAUACAUAAUUAACAACUCUUUUAAAAAGAGAACAACAAAGAAAAACUUGACAGAUGCGUAGUUACGCCAAACGCGGCUUUGAACUUGUUCAAGAAGCGUUCAGGGUCGAACGCGCUUUUGAUUUCGCCCUCGCGGCUAAAAGUUUCCCCUAUAUGCUUCCUUUCGUCGUCUUACUUCAUAAUUUUCUUCUUUUCUUCUGUAAAGGUAUGGUUCCAAAAUCGAAGAGCUAAGUAUAGAAAACAAGAGAAGCAACUCGCUAAACAAUUACACUCUGCUGCUGCCCCUAUGAUUCCAUCUUGUGCAAAUGGUAUGAUGGCUCGCAACAUGAAUUUAUACCCUCCGACAAAUAGGCCCAGUGCUGCCUACCCUUACCACGGGGCUCAAAUGGCGACGAACAGGUACCCUCAGGUGAAUUAUCAAUUUGGGGCGGCUUCAACUGGAAUGGCGGCUUGUAGUGCAUCAGCCACAGCAAUGACUGCGCCACCGACUAGCGUUAGUCCCGGUGCGGCUAUGGCUAGGCAAAUGCAGCAGUUUAGUAUGCCGGCUGAGUUCAACGUCAACUUGGAAUCGCACGAAGAGGAUUGGUAUAACAAAUCUUUAACGGCUUUACGGAUGAAUAAUGCUCAUUCCAGUUUUACUAAUGCCAUGCUGCAGUAUCAAACUUAGACUGCUUAUGCUAUAUUUUUAUCAAGAAAAAAGUUUCAAGCUUUAAACUAUAGAUUAAAUUUGGUGUUUGGUUUUGACAGAAAAUGUAAGUGUACAACGUAUGUAUAAUCGGUGCUUUCGUGCUCUUACACAUAUAUCACAAAAAGAUAUGUAUAUACAGAGAAAAAAAUACAUGUAAAUCCAAAUAUUCUUAUAUUAAAUAUAUAAAAACUAUAUAAGAACAUUUGUUUAUAUAUAACAAA